UGGGCACCUCACCACAUCAGACUCCGCCGCAUUCGUAAGUGUCCGUCCGAGAGGCUAGAAGAGCCUUAUCGCUCGACAUAUACAGAGUGUUCGCUUUCGGGGAGCCGGUAGUGCGUGUUUUCGAGCAUGGCGUGUGGGGUAGUUACUGUCUUUCUGGCCUUGGCCGGAUUGGCACUGAUUGCCGAUGCGGUUUUGUUGGAUUUGGAAUUGACCAAGGAACUAGAAGGAGUCAUCAAAAGUGAAAAUUUCGUUCUCUCUAUAAAGCACAUCAAACCGAGAAGAAAAUCACGUGGUCACAGCCAGCUAGAAACACUUUUCUCCGUUGAUUUUCCUGGAGCCGAAGACAAAUUCUCAUUAUCGCUGGAUAGAAAAUUGAAAAGAGUGAUUGUUGAAAGUUUAGAAGACGGUAGGAAGAGGUCUCAACAUUUCGUGGUAGAUGCUCUACAUGACGAAAGUGUCAUUAAGUCUCUAAUUUUGGCUGUGAAUCAAUCGAAACCUGGGGCACAUGCCACAUUGUAUUUGGACUGCACCUCUUAUGGUAUGGUGGCUCUACCAAAAACUUUGAGGGAUAUGUUUAAUAGCAUGAAAAAUCCCAGAUUUGAAGCAUACCAUGAGCGAAAGUACCCAGUAGAACUAGAUGGCCACAGAGACCUUAGGAUGGUUCUGAGUAGAAACGAAUGCCCCCUUCCACUAGAUGCUGACGUCAGCAAGAAAUUCGACCACUUAUUCACCACAGAUCUCAGCAACGACCUCAAAGACGAUCCGAACAUCCAGGCACAGCAACCAGACUACGAACCGUACAGGGGAGAUAUCCCCUUGGUGUCCAAGCUGGAUGACUCUGGCAUCCUGAAUGCUCUCAACAUUCUCAUCAAGGUGGUGAACCUGGAGGUCCAGCGCUGCGAAGCUAGUGCCCAAGCCAUUGACCAUCUCCGUAGGCUGAUAGAACAAUGUGAAGGAUGCCGAAGACAACCAGCACCUGUGGUAGCCACUUGUGCUACGCAUCCUCCCAACUGUUUCCCUGGCGUCAGAUGCCAUGACACUGCUGAAGGACCGAGGUGCGGAUCAUGUCCCAGAGGCUACAUAGGAGAUGGGCGUCAGUGCAUUCCAGGAAGACUGUGCUCGGAAAACCCCUGUUUUCCUGGGGUCAGAUGCAGAGAUACCCCUAGAGGGGCCGAAUGUGAAGCUUGCCCUAGGGGCUAUGAAGGGGAUGGUAUAACUUGUACGAGGAGGAGAGACCCUUGCGAGUAUAACCCUUGUGCCCCAGGAACUAACUGUGUACCAAUCGGAGAGGAACCGUACUAUACUUGCCAAGGAUGUCCCGAGGGGUCCACUGGAAAUGGUUCGAACUGCCAGGAUAUAGAUGAGUGCGACCUCGUGCAGCCCUGUGACCCGAGAGUCACGUGCCACAACCUGCGGCCUGGUUUCCGAUGCGACCCCUGCCCGCCCGGCUUCACGGGCAGCCAGGGCGUCCAGGGCAUCGGCUUGGAAGCGGCUGCCCGGCAGCGGCAACGCUGCAUCGACAUCGACGAGUGCGCAGUCGCCCAACCUUGCGUGCCCCACUCUGACUGCGUCAACCUUGAGGGGUCCUAUCAGUGCGGGCCGUGCCACAGGGGCUUUGUGGGCAACCAGACCUUGGGAUGCCGCGAGGCGGAGGGCUACUGCCUGGGCGGCCAGGAAUGCGCCAGGGAAGCGCAGUGCACCAACCUGGGCUGGGGCCAGUACGUCUGCCGGUGCAGGAUCGGAUGGGCAGGAAAUGGGGUGUACUGCGGCAGGGACACGGACCAGGACGGCUGGCCGGACCAGCAGUUGCCCUGCAGGGACAGGUUCUGUGCCAAGGAUAACUGUCCUUAUACGCCAAAUUCUGGUCAAGAGGAUGCAGAUGGUGAUGGUUUGGGCAAUGUAUGUGAUCCUGAUGCUGAUGGUGAUGGUCAUGUGGAACGUGAUAACUGUCCUUUGCAUCCCAAUGUCGACCAACGAGACUCGGAAAGAGAAGGGGGAGACGAAGUAGGGGACGUGUGCGACAACUGCCCCUACGUGAUGAACCCUGAUCAGAGCGACGUCGACAAGGACGGCAAAGGAGACGCUUGCGACGAGGACAUAGACAACGACGGAGUGUACAACGCGCAGGACAACUGCGUCCGGGUGCCGAAUAGGGACCAGAGCGACGCCGACGAGGAUGGAAUAGGAGAUGUUUGUGAUAACUGCCCCAACGGGUACAAUCCCAACCAGGAGGACUCGGACGAGAAUGGUGUGGGGGAUGUUUGUGACUCCUCCGUGGAUACUGACAAGGAUGGAGUUCCUGAUAUUCAUGACAACUGUAGAUUGGUCCCGAAUCCGAAUCAGUUGGAUACAGAUAGAGAUGGCAAAGGCGAUGCUUGUGAUAACGAUAUUGAUGAUGAUGGAGUUGAGAAUAGACGCGACAAUUGUGUAUAUGUUUAUAAUCCGGAUCAAUUGGACUCAAAUGGUAACGGAUACGGUGAUAGAUGCGACGACGACUACGACAAAGACGGCGUCAAUAACACCAUGGACGUCUGUCCUACGAACUCCCUGAUAUUCCAGACCGACUUCAGCAAGUACCAAACCGUGGUGCUGGACCCAGAAGGGGAGGCCCAAACCGACCCCAACUGGGAGAUCUACAACAACGGCGCAGAGAUCAUGCAGACCAUGAACAGCGAUCCAGGACUGGCGGUGGGACACGACAAGUUCAAUGGCGUCGAUUUCGAGGGCACUUUCUUCAUCGAUACCGAUACCGACGAUGAUUAUGUCGGAUUCAUAUUCAGUUACCAGAGCAACAGGAAAUUCUACACGGUCAUGUGGAAGAAACACUCCCAACCAUACUGGGAACAUGAACCUUUCCGUGCCAUCGCAGAACCAGGCAUCCAGAUCAAAGUGGUGGACUCGGAGACCGGCCCUGGAGAGCUGCUGAGGAACUCCUUGUGGCACACCGGCGACACUCCCAAUCAAGUGAGGCUGCUGUGGAAGGAUCCAAAGAACGAGGGAUGGAAAGAGAAGACUUCCUACAGAUGGUUCCUGAUUCAUAGGCCAGCCAUUGGUCUGAUCAGGUUGAAGAUAUUCAAGGGGGAGGAAAUGGUAUCAGAUUCUGGGAAUAUUUUCGAUACCACUCACAAGGGUGGUAAGCUUGGAGUUUUGUGUUUCUCGCAACAACAAAUCAUCUGGUCUGAUCUGGCAUACAGGUGUAAUGAUAAUUUGAGAGAAGAUGUUUGGAAUGAACUACCUAGUAGGCUACAGAAGAAAGUAAGGAUUGACAACAUUGGUUCAUAUAAUGUAGUACCUCCAGAUGUUUGAUAGUGCCAUUUUCUGAAAUUCUGUAGAUGUAAAGUGUUUUCUAAGUGUGUAACAAAAUUUUGUACUUAGUAGAUAUGAUAGUUACUGUUGAAGUAUUAACAUAUUGUUUAUAUGAAUGGAAUAGUUUAUUUUAAUCUAUACUUAUAUCGAGAAUGUAUUAACGAUAAGGAUGAGUUGCAUAUUAAUAAAAAUACAUGUUUUUCCAUUAA